UUUUUUUUUUUUGUCAUUAGUUCUUUCUCUCUAUAGACUCUGGUUCUACAAACAGCUCACCUGUGUAUAAAUGGGAUUUGAAAACAUUGGCUUUGGUUAUAACUUUUAUAUAAAAUAUCUUAACAGGUUUGUAAGAUUAAGUCAGUAGUUUUAGGAACCUCUCCAAAAGUUCCCAGUUAAAAAAGAAUAAAACAUCAAUGACAAACUUCAGCUAAGAAGUACAACUUUCUGAUAGAGAAUCCUACAAUUCUGUUCAGAAUAGAGAAUACAUACCCUCCUCCCCCAGGUAUCACUUUUUAAAAUUUUUCAUUAUGAUGUCUAAACAUAAGUGAUUUAAAAUUCCUGACAUUUAAAAUAAAUUUUUGGUAACAGAUUAUCACUGCUGUCUAGGGAAAAAUUAAAGCAACCAGCACAUGGAAAGAGUGAUGCUUUGUUUGUAUUUUGGCCAUAGGUGUGCUUUAAGAAAUAGUGCUCCUUUCAAAAUGGAAGAAUUUAUCUGCCUCCUAUUUGAUGGGGUUCAGAGCUAAGACGGCUGACUAAACAAACAUGGGGGACUGGAAUCUUCUUGGAGGUGUUCUGGAGGAAGUCCAUGUCCACUCCACCAUGAUUGGGAAGAUCUGGCUCACCAUCCUGUUCAUAUUUCGAAUACUCGUUCUGGGUGUAGCAGCUGAAGAUGUCUGGAAUGAUGAACAGUCUGGCUUCAUCUGCAAUACACAACAACCAGGCUGCAGAAACGUAUGCUAUGACCAGGCCUUUCCUAUCUCCCUCAUUAGAUACUGGGUUCUGCAGGUGAUAUUUGUGUCUUCACCAUCCCUUGUCUACAUGGGCCAUGCUUUGUACUGUCUGAGAGUUCUAGAGAAAGAGAGGCAGAGGAUGAAGGCUCAGUUAAGAGGAGAACUAGAGUGGGUAGAGUCUGAAAUGCCUGGGGAUCGGAGGAGACUGGAGCAAGAGAUUUGUCAGCUGCAGCAAAGGAAAUUAAAUAAAGCUCCACUCAGAGGAACUUUGCUUUGCACCUAUGUGAUACACAUUUUCACUCGCUCUGUGGUUGAAGUUGGGUUCAUGAUUGGACAGUACCUUUUAUACGGAUUUCACUUAGAGCCUCUAUUUAAAUGCCAUGGACAUCCGUGUCCAAAUAUAAUUGAUUGUUUUGUUUCAAGACCAACAGAAAAGACAAUAUUCCUCUUAUUUAUGCAAUCCAUAGCCACUAUUUCAGUUUUCUUAAACAUUCUAGAAAUUUUCCAUCUAGGUUUUAAAAAGAUUAAAAGAGGGCUUCGGGGACAAUAUAAAUUGAAGGAUGAAUAUAAUGACUUCUGUGCAAACAAGUCAAAACAAAAUCUAGCCAAAUGUCAUAGCACAUCUCCAAAUUCACUGAAGCGACUCCCUUCUGCACCUGAUUAUAAGCUGUUAGUGGAAAAGCCAAUGCACACAACAGUGUACCCUGCUGCAUUUCAGGCAGAUCCUGACAAUCAAAGUGUAAAUGACGAGAAAUGCAUUUUGGAUGAACAGGAAACUGAUUCUAAUGAGAUGUACACACCUAGAACAACCUGUAGUCAUCUUCAACACACCAGCUCAAACAAUAACAAAGACACUCAUAAAAUAUUUGGAAAAGAAGUUAAUGGUAACCAGUUAAUGGAAAAAAGAGAAACUGAUGGUAAAGACAGCAAAAGGAACCAUUACUCUAGGGGUCGCUGUCCUUUUCCAGGUGGUGCUGUAGAUCUUUACAACCAUAUAGGGCAUUCACCCCAAACAGCUUUCUCCUUGCCAGCUAACUGCACCUGGAAACCAAGGUGGUUUAGUGCUACGUGGGGUCCCUCUAUAGAAGAUGAAAACCAGGGGUCACCUCCUAAUGGUAACCUCAAGUGCCAGUUAAGAGAGGGCACAAUCAGAAGCCUUCCUUCACAGGGACACUCCCAACCACCUGACAUUCCAAUAACUUCUGAUUCUUUGGGAGAGUUGUCCUUUGAGCCCAAGUUUGUCAGAACUUCUAAUAAUCCUACUAUUUGUCCACCAAAUCAUCUAGUGUCCCUGACGAACAACCUCAUGGGUAGGCGGAUUUCCACAGACCUUCAGAUCUGAACAGCUGUUGCCUUUUGGACAUUCUGCAUAAUUAUCAGAGAAGUAGUCUAGUGGUGGUAGAGCAGACACAAAAUGGAUAAGGGCUGCUCUAAAGACCACCU